AUGAUCGCACAUUCAGCGUUGGACACCAUUGAAGAUGCGCUGAUUACGAGUCCUUACUUGUAUUUGAAGAGUAUCGAUCGCAUCCAGGAAUACACGACGAGCUGCUUUGUUCUGCCUGGAAACGUCAAAAUGGUGCUUCUACAUGAGCACAAGCACGAGGACGGCAUCAAGAACUUCUUUCUCGAUGUGUGGGAAGCCUACCUCAAAGUCUCACUGAACCCUUUUCAGGAUCUCAAUGCCCCCAUCGAGAAUGCCGCGUUCGACGCGCGAGUAAGAGCAGCUGCGAAAAAGUUCUUGUAG